AUGGAACGGCGAAUCAGCAGUGUCAGCACGAUUAGUAGUCAUCGCAGUCAAGGCAGUUCCUAUGUCAGCUUUGACGGUUCAACAUCAACACCAAUAUCCACAGCGAUGGAUAAAGGAUUUUAUCGGCAAGUACCAUAUCGAUUUUUUACUAAUGAUUCCAAUACAGAUUCUUGUAAAUUGGAAAGAUUAACGAAUUUAUUUCCUGAUAUGAAAGCAACAAUUGAAUUAGAAUUAUUUAAAAGUAAUAAUUUAUCACGUACAAUCGAUCGUCUUUCACGUAUAUAUAGUGUUUUAACUGCACUUGAUACACGUGAUGAUACAUUACAUUUAUUUCUUGGCCCAUAUCAUCUUUCAUUAGGACCAGCAUUAUUUGCAGCUCUUCAUUUUAAAAAUGCUUCAGCAGCAUUGCUCGUUGCUUCACAUCCAACAACCGCCGGCGGUAGUGAAGCUCAACGACGUAAACGACGACGUGAAAAUGUUCUUCGUCGAUUUCGUCGUGCUGUAAGAAAACUUACUCUCGUUAAAUCAAUCGUUGAUCAACUUCGACCUGCUUCAAUACUUACACCAUAUAAUCAAUAUGAAUUACAUACACAUGGAAUUUAUGACCUUGUUUUAGCAGGACGUGCACAAACUUCUGAUUCAAUGUUUACAGAUGAUGAUUUUCUUGAUCAACUAGAAAGUAUUGAUCACUCGACUAAUGUAGGAGAACGUAGUCCAUUAUUAGCUUCUAAUUAUGUUAAAAUAAACAAUCUACUUAAUUUACUUUCAUCACCUCAACAACAACAACAACAACAGCAGCAACAUCAACAACAACAACAACAUCAAUAUCACUAUCCACAACCAUUAGAAGAUACUACGACAGCGGCUGGAAAAAUCAUGCGAUUCAAAUCAAAUGAAUCAAUUGCAAGUACAACGAAUAAUAAGGAUACUGAAUCUUUCUUUCAUACUGAAUCAUCAUGUUGUUCACAACAUCGUCCACAAUCACCUUUUAUUAUGUAUCCUGUUAAUCAAACACCUAGCCCUCAACCUAGUCAACUUCUAUCAAUAAAACCUCGUUCAAGAGCGAACAGUAAUUCAAAUUUACUUAAGACUCCAUCUAUUUCAAGACAAAGCACGAUCAAUAGUUUGCCUGAUUCCGUUACUGGUGACGUUUCCAAUUCAGAUCAACCAUCAUCAACGUCAGUGUUUAUAUCAUCACAAUCAAAUUCUGCCGAUAUUGAUUUAGAUACACCCACAAAUAUUAUUGUACCACAUCCUUUUCUGUCAUCUUCUUUAUCUUCAACAUCACCGAUUACUAAUGAUGACGAUGCACUCAUUAAUCGAAUUUCAUCUUUGCUAGCAACACAUUUGUUAUCUCGUCAAUCAACAGUAACAACAUCGAUAAUAUCGAAUACUGCUCAUGAACACGAAACAAAUUCAAAUUUAAGCGAUAGCGCUAUAUCUCUUUCAACUACUGGUACAACAGGAGCAGUAAAUAGUACUGUCAUAUCCAAUCAAUCAUCACCAACAACAAUUGUCGCCAACGAAUUUGAUAAACUUUUACAACGUAUUAAGACAGCGGUCGAUAACAGAUUAUCAAUUGAAAUUAGUAGUAAUAAUCGAAUGCGUCCACCACAGAACAUUUAUCAUGAUUUGUCAUAUAAUCCCACAAGAUCACCAACAAUUAAUCGACGUCAGCAAUUGCUUGCAUUACAUGCUGUAUCAUGUCAAGAAGGACAUACAAAUGAAUACGAUAUAGAACAUUCAACAUUAUCCAAUACUAAAGAAAAACUAGAUCGAUUAUCCAAAUCACAAUCAUUCGAUACGGUCAACUUGAAUAAUCGUGAUGACACAGUAACAACAACUACCAAAGAUAAUAGUGACAACAGUUAUCAAAUGACGAAUUUUCAAUCGAAUGAAAAAGGUGUUCAAACAGAUCCUCGAAUUCGACAUGCUCGUGCACGAUUAUUAGACACAUUACAAGCAUAUAUAACUGCAGUGGCUCGUUAUCGUCAACAUUUAUUAAAACAAUAUACGCAGUCAAAUACUCAUUAUGAUCAACAUUAUAGUAAUAUGCCUGAAUUACAACAAUACGAAUAUCGUGAUUUAAUUAAUGUACGAAAAGAAAUUCUUAAUCGUUUCGAAUGGGUUAUCAAUGAACUUGAACAAACUAUCGAAAAUUUACAAACACGUCGAUUAUCAGUUGCCGAUGCACAAGAACGUAUUGACCGACCAUUAGUUAAAGAAGUAAUCGAAUCAUCUAUCAAUGCCGACUUACCACCUGUUGAUGAACAUCAAAUAAGUUUAAAUGAUCGACAACGAUCAAUGCCAACUGAAGAUGAAUGGCGAAUGUAUGCACGUGACUUACAAGAUACGAAAGAAGAUUUAUAUUUUAUUGAUUCACUUGUUCAUCGAGGAAUCUCCAAGAUUGAUCGAUUGGUAACAUUUACAAAUCUCUAUACAUAA